AUGGCUGACGAAGAAGAGGUAUUCAUGGGCAUAGCACAUGAAUCCAAAGCACCAAAUGCAAAGGGCCCAAUGGUAGGCCCAUCUAGCAGCAAGAGAAAGAGAUCUGAACCUAAUGCAAAUGAGAAAGAGGCUGAUGCUCUGAAGAAAAGGAAAGGUGGCAGGCAACCCUACACCAAUUCAGCUCAGUAUAUAUCUCAUGAGGAUUACAACACAGUUCCUAGCGAAGAUUCAACACAGAGACGAAGGAGUGAGCCCCAGGAAAGUCCUCUACCACCUCCAGAAGCUCAUGAGUCAUAUCUCAAAACACCUGACUCACACCUCGAAGAAAAGUCCAAGCGCAUCAAGAACGCUGAAAAGGGAGCCAAGAAGGCUGAAAAGGACCAAGCAAGAGAAGAAGUAAAUCGUCAUCUCAUCAAAUCAGACAUCGAAAAGAAGAAGGCUGAAGCAAAAUUAGAAGGGCGCUCAAAGCACAAACAUGAUCCCAGAUAUGCAACUUUGAAGAAAAAGAGUGCAUCGAGGAAAAGGCCUGCUAAACCAGCUGAACCUGAAAGCAAUUCUUCUGGUCAAGAUGAUCCUCCGCUCACUAGAGAAGAAAUUGACGCAACUCCCUCCGAAGAAGUGAAUGUCACUACAUCCACUGUUUUGCCUGAUCUUCGAGCAAGUGUUGUCCCGGCUGCACAUCCGAAGGAGAAUACGUUGAAGAGAAAGACCCCUCCAACUACUGUCACAAUGGUUGAUAAAGUUAACACAACUCCUCAUCCUGAUGCAAUUGAUCUGCACAAUUUGGUAGUUGAUGCCCCUGUAGGCGCUACUAAGCCAGGAGAAAAACUCCUGAAGAAAAAGGUGAAGCAAAUCAAAGCUCCUUCUGCAGAGCAGAAUGCUCCAAGGGCUAAAGUUGUGAAAGAAAAGGCUGUUGAAUUUGCUCCAAAGUUAACUCAAACAUUGGAAUCUUUGCCUCCGACCGACCAAAAUGUGGCAUGGAUUGCUCCUGCUGCACAAGCCCAAGAUGAUUCUGAUGCACCGCAUUCUUUCAAUCAUGUGUUCAUCAUGGAGCUGCUAGACAGAUUUGUAGAAGACUUGUUUGAUGGAGAAGUGUAA